AUGGAUGAACAGAUGUCAGUAGCUUGCGAGGAAGUGGCAGACGAUGAGGGCUCGGAGAUUGAUCCGCUCUGUGAUCCAGAAGAAAGAAGGGUUCUUUUUGCCGCCCUCGAUUCGUUUCGGCAAUACCGCCAGGCUGCUCAUUAUAACAUCACCCAUCUACGACGACAAUCUUUCUACUCGCUCCCUCUGGCUCAUGUGGAGCUACUAGCUUCCCAGCCAUUCGGUUUGCCAAAGACUUUGGACGCUGUGGAUGCAGCAAUCGAUGCAAAUGCCGACAUAGCCGAAACAGUUCUUGCACUGGGCCUCAGCAUGUACGGUAUAGACCCUGAUUCAACCGAAUGGCACGGAGCAGCCACUUCCCAAGACAUGGACAAAGUACGUUCGACUAUUCGCCAACUAUAUCGCGACUGGGCGGCCGAAGGUGCUUCCGAACGAGAGGCAUGCUACAAGCCCAUCUUGGCUGGCCUCAACAGGGCCUUCGAAGACAUUGGUCCGGCCAAGCGCUCUCAUGUGAGCGUACUAGUGCCAGGUGCCGGACUUGGCCGUCUGGCUUUCGAAAUAUGCAAUGCAGGCUACGCCAUGGAAGGAAACGAGAUUUCAUACCAUCAACUCCUCGUCAGCAAUUGGAUACUCAACUACACUUCGGGGCCCAAGUCACAUUCAGUGUACCCCUGGGCCCUAGGUUUCUCAAAUCAUACGCGCCGCUCUCACCAAUUCCAAAAAGUACAGGUCCCUGAUGUUUGGCCGUCCGAAGAGCUGGACAGUAGCUGUAAGGAUCUGAAAGCAGAACUACACGCCUAUCAGCGAAUGUCAAUGUCUUCGGGCGACUUUUGCGUCUUGUACAAAGAGCCGCGAUACCAAGCCGCUUUUGAUGCACCUGAGGGCGUGUGGAUAAAUCUUGGGCCUUUACUUUGGCAUUUUGAAGGCGGCUCGCCUGAGAAGAAAAACUCGAGUUCGUCCUCCUCUUCUUCAGAGACAGGCAGAGAAAACCAAGACAGGAAUCGAGGCAUUGGCGAGUCUGGUUCUUUCGAGCUCGCAGAUGAGGAAGUCGUCGAGCUGAUCGAGCAUUUUGAUUUCAAGAUUGUCGAACAUAACUCGGUCAUUGGAGAGACGGGUUACAUACAAGAUCCACGCAGCAUGUUGCAAAACAUGUACAAGCCUAGUUUCUGGAUGGCUAGAAAACAAUAA